AUGGUGCUGCUGCCGGGGGCGGUGGUGGGCGCCAUAAAGGCCGCGAGCGUCCUCCUGGGCAUCGGGAAGAUCUUCGCCAUCGUGCCCGCCCUGAUAGUGGGCCUGGCUUACUUCCACUACGACCUCAUGGAUCCGGAGAACCACCCGCGCGUGCAGCGCGACCUCAAGAAGCAGUACGACUUUAUCGUGGUCGGGGCAGGCUCGGCCGGGGCGGUGGUGGCCAACCGGCUCACCGAGAACCCGGAGUGGUCGCUCCUGCUGCUGGAGGCCGGGGGUCACGAGACCGAGAUCACCGACGUGCCGAUACUCUCGCUCUACCUGCACAAGAGCAAACUCGACUGGAAGUACAGGACCCAGCCCCAGGACUCGGCUUGCCAGGCCAUGGAGGACAAGCGCUGCUGCUGGACGCGGGGCAAGGUCAUUGGCGGCUCGAGCGUCCUGAACACGAUGCUGUACAUAAGAGGCAAUAGGCGCGACUUUGACCAGUGGGAGGCCCUCGGCAACAAAGGCUGGGGCUACGAGCAGGCCCUCCACUAUUUCAAAAAGUCCGAGGACCAGCGCAAUCCGUACUUGGCCAGAAAUGAAAAGUACCACAAGACAGGUGGGUACUUGACGAUCCAGGACGCCCCGUACAACACGCCACUGGGUCCGGCGUUCCUGCAAGCCGGCCAAGAGCUCGGCUACGACAUAGUCGACGUGAACGGGGCCCAACAGACGGGCUUCGCCUUGUACCAGUUCACGAUGCGCCGUGGAACCCGGUGCAGCACCGCUAAGGCCUUCGUCCGGCCCAUCAGCCGCCGAGCCAACUUCCACCUGUCCCUCUGGAGCCACGUGACCCGCCUCCUCAUAGACCCCCACACGAAGCGCGCCUACGGCGUCGAGUUCAUCCGCAAAGGCAGGCGCGAGGUCGUCUACGCCCGCAAGGAGGUCAUACUCGCGGCCGGGGCCAUCAACUCGCCCCAGCUCCUCAUGCUAUCGGGCAUCGGACCAGCCUGGCACCUCCGGGAGACCGGAGUGCCCGUCCUCUACGACUCGCCCGGCGUCGGGCAGAAUCUCCAGGACCACAUCGCCGUGGGUGGGAUCACCUUCCUCAUCGACUACCCCAUCAGCAUCGUCAUGAACCGGCUGGUCAACAUCAACUCGGCCCUCAGGUACGCCGUGACCGAGGACGGGCCGCUGACGUCGAGCAUAGGACUGGAAGCGGUGGGAUUCAUCACGACCAAGUACGGAAACCAGACGGACGACUGGCCGGACAUCGAGUUCAUGAUAACGAGCUCGUCGACGCCCUCGGACGGUGGUAGCCAGGCCAAGCGCGCCCACGGGCUGACCGACGAGUUCUACAACGAGGUGUUCGGCUCGAUCAACAACCGCGACGUCUUCGGGGUCUUCCCGAUGAUGCUGCGGCCCAAGUCUCGGGGUUACCUCAAGCUGCGGUCCAGCGAUCCGCUGGAGUAUCCACUGCUCUACCACAACUACCUGACCCACCCGGACGACGUGGACGUGCUGCGCGAGGGGGUCAAGGCGGCCAUUAAGUUCGGGGAGACGGCGACGAUGAGGAAGUUCGGGGCGAGGUACCACAGCAAGAAGCUCCCCAAUUGCAAGCACCUGCCCCACUUCACGGACGAGUACUGGAAUUGCGCCAUUAGGCAGUACACGAUGACCAUCUACCACAUGUGUGGUACCGCGAAAAUGGGCCCACCCAACGAUCCCAUGGCCGUCGUUGAUCCCCAGUUGAGGGUCUACGGGGUCAAGGGCCUGAGGGUGAUCGACGCCUCGAUCAUGCCCACCAUAACGAACGGCAACAUCAACGCUCCCGUCAUUAUGAUCGCGGAGAAGGGGUCGGACAUGAUCAAGGACACGUGGAACAGACAGAGGAACAAGAGGACGCUGUACAGAGGAAACGCAACGACGUUUGGUGUGGCGUGA